AUUGAACAUCACGGCACAGAAUCAGAAACCGUGGAACAACAGUUCGCGGCAGUUUUCGCGGCGGGCUCGUCAGUCGUGCGCCGCUGUUCUCUGUGCCCGUUUCGCGGAUGCCCAGCUCCCAUCUGGCUACCUGUUGAACGGUGAAGCUCGAACAUGGCUAAGUGGAAAGCCUUCGUCCGCAACAACCUCAUCACCAUCCUCACGGUGAUCGGGGUGCUCGCUGGAACGGCCGUCGGUUGCACCCUUCGCUCCCUCUCCACCCAGAAAUGGAACCAGAGGGAAACCAUGUACUUGAUGUUUCCGGGCGAAAUUUUCCUUCGGAUGCUCAAGUCGCUUAUCAUUCCUCUGCUGAUGGCCUCGAUCACCUCGGCCGUCGGCAGCUUAGAUUUAACCUUGUCGAAGAAGAUCGCCCUCAGGUCCAUCGUGUACUACGCUACGACGACGGUUUGCGCUGUCAUUCUGGGGAUCAUCUUGGUGGUGACGAUACGACCGGGAGUGGGCGCCGAGGCGGUUGACAAGAGCGAGUACGAACCGGCGUUGUCAAGACAUGUACUUACGCAAGAUACUUUGUUAGAUUUGAUAAGGAACCUCUUCCCGCCCAACCUGGUACAGGCCUGCGUCCAACAGUCACAAACCGUGCUCUUCCCACCCAAGAACUACUCAGGCGAUAAAGACGACGUACCGUCAUCUGAGCUCAUCAAAUGGCCCUUCAAAGAAAACUAUGAAAACACCACCAACGUGCUGGGUCUGGUAGUCUUCAGCAUCGUCCUCGGCAUCAGCUUAGGCCAGAUGGGCGAGAAAGGAAAGAUCCUAGUCGACUUCUUCCAGUCCCUGAGCGAGGCCAUGAUGAACAUCACCAGCUGGGUUAUAUGGCUCUCUCCCUUGGGUGUCUUCUUCCUCGUCGCCAGCAAAAUGGUCGAGACCGACAGCUUCCUCGGUCAACUGCAGCGCCUCGGAUACUACUUCAUGACGGUUCUGCUGGGGCUUUUCCUGCACGGCUUCGGCACCAUCUCCGUCAUCUUCUUCAUAGCGACGCGCCGCCUCCCCUUCAAAGUCAUCGCCCAGCUCAGUCAGGUGCUAGCUACCGCUUUCGGUACGGCCUCCAGCUCGGCCACCAUGCCCAUCACCAUCCAGACGCUAGACCGCAUGGGCUUGGACCCGCGCGUUACGCGGUUCGUCAUCCCCGUGGGCGCCACCAUCAACAUGGACGGCACGGCGCUGUACGAGGCGGUGGCGGCCAUCUUCAUAGCGCAGCUGCAGGGCAAGACGCUGGCGUUCGGCCAGACGGUGGCGGUUUGCGUGACGGCGACGGCGGCUAGCAUCGGGGCGGCGGGGAUCCCGCAAGCCGGGCUGGUCACUAUGGUGAUGGUGCUGGACACGGUGGGGCUGCCGGCGGAAGAGGUUAUCAACAUAUUGGCGGUCGAUUGGCUAUUGGAUCGGUUCCGCACCACCAUCAACGUUAUGUGCGACUGCAUAGGCGCCCGUCUCGUGGACAUCCUCAGCGUCGGCGAGCUCGACAAGCACGCGGAACUCGACAGGCUGAACGCCGACCCGCAGGAGCUCGUAGAGAUGUCAAAAGACGUACACAACUAAUACCUAAGCCCCUAACUCAAACACUCCGUAAACCUGCUCUUCUGACGAGGAUGCUCCGGUUUGCGAGCCACCAGCAGCGCGACCACCAGACAAUAACUGUACAGAAGACGGUGCCUCGUAAUCUGGAGCGCCUUCGUCCAUUCUCUGACACUGUGUUGAUAUCUUCAGUGUACAUAUCAUGUCAUAAUAGUAAAUGUCGUCUAGAGGCCAUAACUGUGUCAGUAGUUGUUGUUGAUUCAGAUAUUUAAUGUCGUCGAAGUCGCCGCGGCCGUCGCCGCCGCAGUUCGGGCUUGAGCGACGGUGGAGGCGGGUGUGGCGGUUGCGAUUUCCCAUGUAUGUUUGACGUUCGUUGGGAUUUUAUUUAUUACGUUUGCUCUUUGUUCAAGUUUAGGGACCAAUUUUUAUUUAAUGACGAUCAAAUCGGUUAAGUUUAACUUAAAAGUGUUUCAAUAUGAUAGCUCCAAGCAAUUAUGUUUAUUAGAGAUGUUUUAAAAUAAGUUAGUCGAAAUUGUUAGAUAUAGUUUAUAUUGAAUUCUAUCGUGUAAGACGUUGUUGUGUAACUUAUUUUUAGAGUAUGAUAAAACUUGUGAAAUCGGUUAUUUCGCAGGUUUUUAUCAAAUAUCAAGACAAUAACUGCCGUUAUAAUGUAAUUUGUAUGUAGGUAAAGAGGUGCCAUAUUCUAUCCGAGUUGGACCGAACUCUUUCGGGACGAUAUUGAGGUACUUUUAGCUUAAUUUUUCGAUUUAUAUAUUUGUUUUGAUAAUACAUGUGUAGAUUAAG